GUAUGAUGGUCGACAAGCCGGUAUGUAUCACUUGAAGGAGGCCAUGGGUCACUUCACUUUGAAGCAAUAUGCCGGGCACUCGCACAAGCCGCAGAGCCGUGAAGGACAGACUUUUCGAUCUGGGUACGCGUCGAUGGUGAGCUGGAUGGAGGCCAUGGACAUCAGUAGCUUCUUGGAGAAUCAGACAGUUGUGCCUGUGUGCUAUGGUGGUGUAUUUCUGACCACGUACUCGCAGAUCGCCAACCCACCUCCAGGCGUUUGGAAGCGGCUUGAAGAGUCCCUUUCGCGCGAUGAUAACAUUGAGGAGGGCCAUUAUGCCGAAAGGUCCUGGGCAGCGCUGCUGUCCACGCCACUGACCUUGCAGCAAGAACUGGAUGCCCUGCGCCGUGCACAUUUAGUUGAAGACAAGUCCUGGUUCAGGGGCAUGAUCUUGGGUCCGCUGAUUGAAACAACAACCGCCCCACUUCCAGAAGCGAAGCCUUCUGUCGCUCCUUCGGCCACGUGA